AAUUAUGAUGCGAUAGAGGUUCCUAAAAGAUGCGCGCUUACACUCUGUGGUCUUUCGCGUUCUACUUCAUCAUGAUCUCCAAGAGUUUGCCGUGAUGAAAGUAUUGAUAGCGCUCGUGGUAGCGCUGCUUGCCUUAGGUCAUGUCCAAGCCUCAGCGGACAGUGUGUGUAUCUCAGUGACCAAGGGACUCCCUGGCUGUGAUUAUAACAAGGAGCGUCUUAAUUGUGAAAAGGCACAGUUGACAAGCGUCCCCGCUAAACACGUAAAAAUGGGAUGUGAAAGCUUCAAUAAUGUGUUAUUAGGUUUUCAGGAUCUUGCCGAGGUUUUAAAAGACCCUAAGCAAGCGCAGUUGUUUACAGCGCUCGCAACUGUGACAAAACAUACACUCGAAAUUAUUGACAUGGGCUCUUCAACGACAUUGCCACAGUUAUCAAUCCCAACACCGGUGGAGAUCAUUUUGAUAAAACCGAGCCUGAAGUCAAUGCCGUUUAUUGAGAACACAGGGCCUUUAUCCUCGAUACGACUUCGCGUUGACCCGGAUUUUGAUUUUCAAGAGAAAGCGUUCGCGCCCUUUAAAAACCUUCGUAAAAUUGUUGUCUACAAUAAGAUUUACUGCGAUUGCCGGCUUAGAUGGAUAAGAGAGAGGAAUCUCAACACUGAAAAUACAACCUGCCUAGACGAUAAUCACCAUCUCAGUGGAAAAUGGCUCUACCGCAUCCCCAAAACCGUGUUGUGUGAUAAAGAUGAAUGCGACAAAAAAUCUCACCCUGCGGUUUGUCACGAAGAUGCGGUGUGCUCUAAUACCCUAGGAUCCUAUAUAUGUCAUUGCCCACUUGGCUUCACCGGGGAUGGAUACACAACGUGCACAGAUAUAAAUGAGUGUGCAACGACGCCACAGCUCUGCUCGGCCCAGGCCUCCUGCGUGAAUACUAAGGGGUCGUUCCUGUGUGCCUGUAAGCCGGGUUACUAUGGUAACGGGGCGGAAUGCCAUGACUACGACGAGUGCUCCUUGGGUCUUUCCAUGUGCGACCCGAAGACCUCCACGUGUCGAAACACGCCCGGCGGGUAUGCCUGCGUGUGCAACAAAGGCGCUAAGAAAGUAGGCAAAUUAUGCGAAGAUCAAGACGAGUGUGAGGAUGGCUCCCACACGUGUAAGGCAAAACACAUGAAGUGUAUCAACACGCUUGGCUCAUUCAAGUGCGGCUGCAUGGAUGGUUUCACUGAGAACGGCUCUGAGUGUGUAGACAUAGACGAAUGCUCCACCAAGAAACACAACUGUUCCAAGUACGCCUCUUGCAAAAACACCGCUGGUUCCUUCACCUGCGCCUGCAAUGCCGGUUACCAUGGUAACGGUCAAGUUUGCUAUCGGGACUCGGAGUUCUCAGCAGUGCUACGUAUCAUCCACAAAAAUCCGGUUUUAAAUUUCAUCUGGAAGCGCAAGCUCGUCCUACAUGCGCUAGGUGCUGCUGGGGUCCUUCUUUUGGUGGUGCUGGUGCUCAUGUGCUUAUGCAUAAGGUCCAUUAAAAGGAGAGGGCGCCGUAAGAAGUACAAAAGAAUUCCCACCGAUGAUGAAGACCAUAUCUACGAGACCGUGGACAAGCCGAGAAAAGUAAAGAAGGGGAUUUUCAGGAGGGUGCACAAGAAGACAAAACCCUCUGCAGCAGCCCCCAAACAACAGAAAGCAACGCCAGUGAACCCCCCUGAACCCGACUACUUGGAGCCUACACCGCCACCUCCAGCGGCCCCUGCCCCUCCCCCACCCCCUGCGGCGGCUCCUCCACCCCCUCCUCCCCCUCCACCUGUGAAAAAACCGGCAGCUUGAAUUUAGUAGAGAUAUAAUCUAUUGUUUCGCCGUGACCUUGAUAUCUUCGAUUAGCCCACGCUUCAGACUCUACAGGAAGUAUGGUUAACGAACCGCACUGAUUUUUAUCAUCGAAUAAAGCUGGAUCUCUUGUAGUAAUAAACAAAUGCUGAAACUGA